AUGGAGCAGCUGGUCUUGCAGCCAAUUACAAAGAUAGAAGGCCACGUGAAACUUCCUGGGUCGAAGUCCCUCUCGAACCGCAUCCUGCUUUUAGCUGCCCUGUCCAAAGGCACCACGGUCGUCAAGAACCUCUUGGACAGUGAGGACAUCCGAUACAUGGUCAGUGCUCUCAAGACUCUGGGCAUCCAGCUGGAAGAGAGAUGGGAGCAAUCAGAGAUGGUGGUGCAUGGGUGCAACGGGCGGUUCCCAGUGGAGGGGGCUGAGCUCUUCCUAGGCAACGCUGGCACUGCCAUGCGGCCCUUGACGGCUGCAGUGGCGGCAGCGGGCCAAGGGACUUUUGUGCUGGAUGGCGUUGCGCGCAUGCGCGAGCGGCCCAUCCAGGAUCUGGUGGACGGCCUGAGCCAGCUGGGUGUGCAGGCAGAGUGCAGCUUGGGCACCGGCUGCCCACCCGUCACUGUGCAGGCUGAUGGACUUCCCUCUGGCACGGUUGAGCUGAGUGGAGCUGUGAGCAGCCAGUACCUGACGGCACUGCUGAUGGCGGCUCCGCUGGCGAAAGGCAGCGAGGGCAUCACCAUCAAGAUCCGGGACGAGCUGGUGUCGCAGCCCUACGUGGACAUGACUGUCCGCCUCAUGGAGCGCUUCGGUGUCAAGGUGGAGCGUCUGGACGGUUUGCAGCACAUGCACAUCCCUCCUGGCCAGACCUAUGUGUCGCCAGGCGAGUCAUUUGUUGAGGGCGACGCCUCAUCAGCUUCCUACUUCCUUGCAGGAGCCACCAUCACGGGCGGCACAAUGACAGUGGAGGGCUGCGGCUCUGACAGCCUGCAGGGCGACGUGCGUUUUGCUGAGGUAAUGGGCCUCAUGGGCGCUGAUGUCAGAUGGAGCCCCUACUCCAUCACCAUCACAGGUCCUGCGCGCGGCAGCCUGAAGGGCAUUGACCACGACUGCAAUGACAUCCCAGACGCCGCCAUGACCCUGGCAGUGGCUGCCAUCUUCGCAGAGGGUCAGACGCGCAUCAGAAAUGUCUACAACUGGCGCGUUAAGGAGACCGAGCGGAUGAAGGCAAUUGUGGCGGAGCUGGGGAAGCUGGGUGCUGAUGUGGAAGAGGGGCGCGAUUAUUGUGUGAUCACCCCUCCAGCGCAGCUUAAGCCGGCGGCUAUCGACACCUAUGAUGACCACCGGAUGGCCAUGGCCUUCUCGCUGGCUGCAUGCGGGGAUGUGCCAGUCACCAUCAAUGACCCUGGCUGCACGCGCAAGACCUUCCCCACCUACUUCUCAGUCCUGGAGAGUGUUGUCAGCCGGGCAUGA